AUGGAUCCCACCAGCAGCAGCUGCAUGCGCAGUCCACAGCCUCCUGCCCCACUCUGGGGGUGCCUGCGGGGCACACAUGUGGAUGUCACCUCAGCUUCAGGGCUGAACCACUACCCAUCAGCACCCUUCUCCUUCCAUCAAAAAUCAGAUUUUGCUUCUUACUCUGAUUUCUCAACCCCCUGUCUGGUGACUGCUCCCCACAGCUUCCCACACGAGGAGCGGGCAUUUGUGGAACAGCACCCUUCUUUCCAACACUCUGACUGGCAUUUUGCAGCAACUGAGGCCAGACGACAACUAAAUCCAGGACUGGCUCUGGGCUCUGGGGGGUCAGAUGGCAGCAGCCCAAAUCUAGUGAGUAUGAACGAAGAUGAUGAGGUACCAGUAAAUACUACAAAUGAGACUGAGAAAAAGACAUCCAAAAGAAAAAAGGAAAACUCAGAAAACCAGAACUCAAGUAACAAGGCAGAAACAAGCAGCAAAUCACGGAAGGAAAGGACAGCUUUCACAAAGGAGCAGCUACGGGAGCUGGAAGCUGAAUUUGCUCACCAUAACUACUUGACAAGGCUCAGGAGAUAUGAGAUAGCUGUGAACCUGGAUCUCACCGAGAGACAAGUCAAAGUAUGGUUUCAAAACAGAAGGAUGAAGUGGAAACGUGUUAAAGGUGGGCAACCAGUAUCCCCACAUGAACAUGACACAGAAGAUGUGGACUCUGCUGCCUCCCCCAGCUCUGACUAGCCCUUGCAGCAAUCGGAGUAUGGAGAAAGUGGAUGUAACACCAUGUGAUGAUCCUGCCUGCAAAACCUGUAGCCCAGAGUUUUUAAAAGGUAUAUGAUACUUUAGGUUACAGAGGCAAUUAAAAAACAAAACAAAACAAAGGGGAAAAAAACACAAGAGUGGGCAAGAUUUUUAUCUGACUGACAUUAAAUCUCUCUAGAAUUGU